AUCCUCGCAUGGACUGUUAGGGCGAUAUCAUAAUCGACCGGUUUAGUUCGAAUUCGAGAAUGCAUUUUUCCGUGUUCAGAUCCUCGAUAAGUUAGUGAUUACAAUGUAGGAACUACGGUUGUGGAAAUUGCAGGUUUUUGCAGAUUAGAAAAUGGUUGAGGUAGACACGAUAGAGAAGACGGUGUCACACAGCACCAUAAUUAAUGGACACAAUGACACGUCUUCCAUCACCGUCCAGCAUACGGAUGUACACGGAAAACACGAUUAUCUUGCUCCGAAUAAUCACCAACUGAACUCUCCAGGACUUUCUCAAGCGCCGGUUUUUGUUGGCGGAACUAUUCCUGCAAGCAGUUUUGAAAAUGUUCCGGGAAAUAUUAUCGGGAAUGUGGUACCGGAAAAGAAUGGCAUACGCCAUGAAGACGAUGUUGCUGCAUCAUGGGAAGACGAACGACAGCACCCUGGCGAUGCAUCCGCUGAAAAGAAUACCGGGGCUAGCGAAAAGGAGACAGAAAAUCCGAACGUGGUAAACCUUCCUUCGGUUGUAUUCCUGCCAGGACACAGUCCAAUGAGGCACUCUGUCCCAGAUCGAGCAAACACCAACGGGCCGCGAAAGGAGCAAGUUCCCGUGGGAUCAGCCAAUUCACCAAAUAAGAAUGGUUUUCUGGGCGCAGUUUCUGCCAGUUCAGAAAUUCCACCACAUUUUGCUCCAUCACCUGAAAAUGCUCCACAACUCUUUGGCGUCCCUGCUGCGAUAACCGGGGAAAGAAAAGGCUACUUUCAAGGGGAAGCGGUAACGACAGAGCACACGAUUUCCGCUCCUGUUCAAAAUGCCGCCGAGACUUCAGAAGCUUCCAGCUCUUUCCCAGCGCAUCCGCCUAAAAUCUCGAACCAACAGCCACCGCCCGGUUCAAGGAUUUUUUAUCGCGACCAUAUGAAUAUUCCAAAUAUGGGUGGAGAUAGGCCGGCAGGCUUCGGGAACACUAAUGCCCUCGGGCAGGAGAGCGAUAUUGGUGGCCAUGUAAACAACAUAAAUACUGCAGUCCAGCCUGGCAAUGCGAGGCCGACAACAGUGGCAACUGCUGCGAAUGCCAACCAGCAGGAAUCACCAUAUUCUCAGCGCUACGAGACUGCUGUUCCUUACGUUAGCGGUAAACCUGAAGCACUGGAAGACACUAACAGCGUGGAAAUUAAAAAUAACCAACAUGGAAAUAUGCCAAAGCCGAUAAUGACAGAACGGUCAGUUCUAGAAAAGCCGCAAGCAGUGCGCAAAAUUGGGAACAUUUCGCAGUUUGCUCACGAUGGUUCACAGCCUGAACUGGUCAAGCCAGCAAAUGUUCGUGAAGAUAACGGCAAAGCGUUUCCGGUUCCUGUAACAAACAAAGAAAUACCAGAAAAUGCAGUGGACGCGCCUUGGCAUGCGUCAAACCAACCAGCAAAAUCUGAAUCAGAACCGGUAAAAGGGCAUGGCCAUCGGGAUCAAUUCCAUGCCAUACCUCCAAAGAAUCCAACACAUGGUAUAGCUUACGACAACGGCAAACUAACAGCGCACGAAUUACCGCCGGAAGGAAAGAAUAUGAUAUCGGACGAUUUCAAAAACAGUGCAUCAAAUCUGCAGCCAGAAAAACCUGUCCAGAAGGGGGGAUUAUCAGAGAGAGAAAAUGCAAUAAGUCAUCCUGUUGCUGAGUUUCCAGUGCAAACUGUAGGAACGCUAGUGCAUACAGAAAAUACUAACAAUGGGAACAAAAUUUCUGAGCCUCCAAGGCAACGCCAUCCUUAUCACCACAAAAACCUCCACGGAUUCAACGAACAUGCCCAAAAUUUUCCAAAACACGAUGAAGUAGAGCUAGACAGAAACACACCUGAUAUCCCGCCUGGAGAAGCAGCUGUCGAUGAAUUUGCCGAUCAUGCACUGGGCACCGGUAAUCAGGAAAAGAUCGACCAAAAUCCAUCACGAAAAGAAAUUGGCGACGGCGGAAUGUCACAAAUUUUCGAUGCAAAACGUGCUCCCCCUAAAACCACGCAACAUGAUAGCCGUCCAGAUGAAAACAAAUUUUUAAACAAGUUGCCCCAAGGCGGAAGAGAAAUGAUACCCGAUUACGGUAAGAGUGGCAAACAGACACCGUCUGCGAAACCGCUAGUUUUACCGAUGUCACUUACUUCGCCGCUAGAAAACGAUAAUUUCUGGCCGGAAAAGAAGAUUAAUGACAAAACUGCUCAUCAUCAUAAAUCCCCUCCAUUUGAUAACGCUACAUCGGCUGCUGGGCAAAAACCGCAUCAUAAAGUCAAUAAUACUGAUUUUCCAAAUCAAAAUCAGCAAACUGCAGAGUUUUCAAAUUUCCCAGGGGAAAUAGGUAUAGCGUAUCUUAACGCAGACCAUCCUACAGCGGAUAGUAUGCCGCAGAAUAAUGCGCGACCUUCCCGAACGAAACCCGAAGUUUCUUUUGUCGACCACUAUCAUCACAGGGCCAGAAAUUUUCCAUCCGAUGAAGGGAUUGCGAUGGAUCAAGAGCACAAACCAAGCCACGACAAGAAACCUGUUGCCGCUGAGCCGCAGUCUGAGACACAACCGGGAGUGCUGGCAUUUCCCCAGUUGUACCCAGUCGGCCCCAAGCUCAAAAUACAUUAAGCACGCAGUUAGCAUCGGUGAAGAAUGUUCCGCUUUUCGACGAUCAUCAUCACAGAGCGCAGAAUAAUCAGGACGAUGAAUUAUGGAACGAACGACCGCACAGUGUCAGGGUUCAUUAUCCCAAAAAUCAAGAGCGGGCGAAAGGUCAACAUGUCGCUGCAGCAAUUUUCCCAACCAUAUCGGACCAUGAACAACUGAAUCGCCCAUUUGGUGGCGAUACCGAGCAGUACAACAAUGAAUUUGUGUAUUUUCCGGAUAAAAAUCUGAGUCAGCGCAAAAAGGGCGAAAUUCCGCAUGAGACGGGUUUUCCGCUAGGGCAUACGAUACAUGACGAACCCGAUUUAUAUCGUCAUCGCAUUAAACCGAACUCACCGUCAGGAAGCCAACUCGACCACGAUGUGUUUGGAGCAGGUGAGAAAAAUACUGCAGCACUGGCCGGAAGACAAACGAAUAAACAUUUUGCGGCUGCUCCAGAGAUGACUUUUCCUCCACCACAAUUUUCCGAAUCAAGCGUAAUUGGCAACAACGAAGGCAACAACUUUGGGCAGGAAUCUGCAUCAAACAUCUGGGAUGACUCUUUUCAUCUCGAGCCUAAAGGUAACGCUAAAAACAGCUUGGCCAAUGAAGCGUGGACUGGAACUGAAAAUCGUAAGCUGGCCAACAGUCAUCCGACUGUUGUACCUGGUGCUACACUAACCGGCUAUGACUCUGAUCAAGGAAUUCAACCAGAGGAAGCUGAUUUUGAUCACAGUGACGAAGAGUUUAAAGAUAUGCCAAAGGAAACUGGUACCAUGAACCAAAACGUACUCAGUAAAAGAUUGAGUAAUAUGCCACAAGAUGGAGCUCGGCCACUUGUUUUACCGGCAAACGAAAACGGCAACGUGAAUCGGCAUCGAAAUCUGGCUUCGUCGGAACCAGCAGGCGAGCACGAUACGGUUGGUGUGAUACCAACCAAUGAGCUACCCAGAAAAUUCGCGAGAAAUGACGAGGAAUUCCAAGAAAGCAACCGUCCGUUUUUAGGGGCUUUUACUCCAGCAGUCAGAGCAGACGCGUAUCAGCACAAACCCCACGGCCAGAGUGCUAAUUACAAGCCAAACCUGUCAGUUAACGAAGAAGAAAUUUCGCCGCCUCCGCCAAUUACAUCCUUUGGGAAUUGGAAUCAGAGUAACGGCCAUCGCACUACCAAUUUUAUUCCAGAAUACAAGCAGCAACGACUAAGUUUUUCGCGACCUUUACCAAAUGACAAUAGUUACAUGAAUUCCAAUGAGUUCGAUCGCCCUGCAUAUAGCGUGCCAAAUGCCGACCACUAUCACCACCGUUCGGUCGCAAGUGACAGGCAACCAUUCAACGGGAUAGGAGACAACAGCAAAAAUUCCCAUGCGACAAUGGAUGGAAAGGGUCAAAGCGGGCCAAAAGGGACAGUCGUAUUGCCAAUUCCCAUCGCAUAUAUGCCGGCUAUCGAGCAAAUGAACGACUCGCCAUAUGUAAAUGAACCAGUUGAUCAUUAUAGACAUCGGCAUGCGAAACCUAUUACUGGCUGGAAAGCUCCUGAAAUGGACUACGAAGAGAUUCCUGCAAAUAAGCAACUUCGGUUUGGGCCGAUAGCAGGGCAUCGCGAAGAUACCGAAGCAAUGCCUGAGGCAUCUGAAGAUCAAGGUUCAUUAGUUUCCAUGUCGGCUUUGCCGCUUUUCCCUCGUGGAAAUGAUAACGCUGAAUAUCACACACCAAAUCCUCAAUCACGGCAUUUUCCAAACAAAAAUGAUAAUUACAGCGAUGCGAAAGCGAUCCCAGUACAGCCAGUUCCCCAGACAGCAGAUAUAUUCAAGCUGCCCAAUGAAAACCAGAACGACAAGGACGCGCAACAUGGUCAGAAGCUUCUUCAUCCACCCCGACAUAUGGGUCCACCGACUGACCCUUAUCAGCACAAGCGCAAUCUCAAUGGCGGCGCUAGCCACCCUGCUUUCGUAGCCAACAAUGAACCGUAUAGCGAGCCUGAUAAUUUAGCCAACCUAGCCAGAUAUCCUGCAGAUUACAGCAACGCACAUGCUCCUCCGGAUCGUUCCUUUAAAAUGGCUCCUGAUCAGUUAAAAAAUGUACCUCCUGGCCAAAGACUUCCUGACAAGCCUGGUGCAACUGAGAACAGGGCUGAAGAAGAAACUCCUGAUCAGCUACCACUAACUCCGCAUCACCAUCACCAGCCAAUGUCCAACUUCAUGCUCCAGAACACGGGACUACCUAAUCCCAGUGGGGACGAAAACAUCAAUACUGCAGCUGAUGAAAGAAUGGAAAACUUAGGAACACCGAAUCAUUUUACGCAGCCGGCGGGAUUUUCACCAGAUCCGACAGCUGACGAAGAAUUACAGCAGAUCGGCUCGUCUAACAAUUAUCCAGCUGCAGGCACUUAUAAACAUCGUCCUCAUGGUCAACUUUUGGAGAGUUCGUUACAUGAAAAUACCCAACCGGAAGGCGGUUCAUCACACAUUAACGGUUACCCAUUGUCAACUCACAAAGCAGGACUAUCCGCCUUUCCACCAAACAUUUAUAACUCGGAACAUCCAAGAGCUAAUCCAAAUUCUCACCACGAACAGGGAAGGACGAUUACCCCGCCUCAAUUGCCGGCAGGUCAACGCUAUCCAGUUUCUCCCAGGAAACUUGAAGAACAGCCAGCGGUCGCUCACGAGCCACGGGCCUUCGAUGCGUCUCUUUCAUAUGGAUAUCAACAUAUACCACCUUACUUGCACCAUGGUCAGGGAGAGAACUUUGCUGAUUAUCCUACUGACUCCUUCGGCAAAACAGAAAAAACAAGAAAUACAAUUUUUGCGCCUAUUGUAUUUCCGCAAUCAGCCGCACCUUCUGCUGGUGAAGCAGAUUCCGAGCCAUUGUUUUCGGAGGAAGAUUUUCCACAUUUUCAGCCAAGGCCGGGAAAUGUGCCAGUUAAUCAACGCGGACCACAAGACGCCAAACCUGCGCUGGAAAACCCGAAUUAUUUCGAUAACGAAAUGCACCACGUAAACCAAAGACUGAACACUGCUCCCUCCGCUCGACCUUGGGACGUGCAUGGUGCUACUGCGAUAUCUGAAGAGAACGGCCAUCCGCCAUUCGAGCCUGACCAUAGAAAAUUCGUCGUCUCACCGUCAGACGAACACUGGGCACAGGAUCAUCCAAGAAACGUUUUCGUUGGCCACACCUCUCCAGACUAUACCAAGAAUAUUAUGGACAACAAAUUUCGAGAUAUCGAUCGAGAACCAGGAUAUCAGAGUCCGGGCAUGCAAGCAGAGUACCCGAAUCCAGAGGUGCCCAAAGGGGCUUCAGGACUAGAAGGUCAUGGGAUGUUACCGGAUAAAGGGAAUGUGGACAGAUUGUAUGGAGAAGAUAACCCAGUACUAAGGAAUCCUGAUCCGAAAUUCCACCCGUAUCGUCAACCUUUCAAUGAGAAAAUUACCUGGACGCAAGCUCCAAUAAUUAAACCGGUAGAUUUCGGUGGACAUCCAUCCAUCGUUUCCGCGUUCCAGGGCGAUGACAGCGCCGGUUUAACUCAUGACCGUCAAUCAGGACAAGAUCUUGACCGCACGGCAGACGCUGCGUUUCAAACUGCACCGAACAACCGAGUGAGUCCCCGCGAUGAUGUGAAAGGUCAUAGUGGCCGAGCGAAGCCAAACAAUGAAGAUGCGAUCGGCAGACACCGAGACGCGACUCCCUCGCAAAAAGCUGAUUCGAAAACACCACUCGCCGGCGGAGCGUUCUUCCCUUUGAAAUCUUCGAAUACGGAAAGAGCAAAGUCCCGUCGCUCCGAACCUGAGGCAGACCAACGACCAGUCUCUCCCGCAUCGGCUGGUGGUGAUGCAGCUGCGUAUCAGCCGUACGCGUAUACCGAGUACCCAAAUCCUCCCCCCGAUGCCACGGCUGCAUGGGGGAAUAAAACGUGGAAAGGUGCUUUACCAGCACUGGCAGCGAUGUCGUCCCCUUUUGUAACUGACCUGUACAAACACAAUCCAAAUGCGACCUCCAUGUCCAGUAAAAUGGACAUGUCCACACAGUCCUCACAGUCGCUCCAGGAAUUAAUGCAGUGCUCCAUGAGCCACAGUUCUACCGUCGGAACUUCCAUGAUUGGCUACAAUUUAAUGGUGUCCUUUGUUUUAUUUUUGAUUGGAAUGGCUAUAUUUUAUUUUGCAACAAGAGGCGCCAAUAAACAAGAGCGAAAGCAGCUUCUGGAGCGACGCAUGAGCACUGGCUCUGACUGGGUAAAAACAUUUUAUUCUCAAAAGAUGGUAGAAGAGAAACCAACCGGGGUGACACGAGCUACAUCGACAAGAACCAGCUCGGAAUCUGCUAGCGAUGUUGUCAAUGAUGCGUCUUCAGCGGAACUCGGAUUUUUCCUUCCCGUCUUUUGGUUUUGGAGAACUGAAGAGAUGGAGCGACGCUGUGGCAAAUCGGCAACUCAGUAUCUUCGGUUUUCGGAGUACUUGAUUGCCUAUGCAUCCUUAGUGGUCAUUGCUUCCACGCUUAUCAUUCUCCCGAUCAAUCUUCACGGAUCCUUGAUUACCACCAGGUUGGAGUUUGGCCGGACAACUAUUAUCAACAUUGAUCCGCAAUCAAAUAUUUUAUGGAUCCAUGUGAUCUUUUCGAUCUUUUUGUUUCCGCUGGCGUUAUUGUUUGCCACGAGGUUCGUUCAGACGUUUCGCGGGUACGGUAAACCGGAUCGGUCAACAAAGACAUUGAUGAUAACUAACUUGGGAACGCGGUACGCGUCGGAAGACAAAAUCCGGAGACAUUUCGAGGAGGGUCAUCCGGACGUUGAAGUCUCCAAGAUUAACCUAUCUUAUCAUACUAAUAAACUUCACCGGUUGGAUAAAGAACUACAACUGUGCAUCUCUUGUUCGAAGUACUAUGAGAAAACUUUAAGACCGGGGUCGGAGCCGCCGGUAUAUUCUAGAGAUAACUUGUGCACGCGAUGUUGUUGCUGCUGCUGUGACGUUGCGAUUGAUGCUGUUGAAUAUUACAAAAAUCGAGCUGCAGAGCUGGAAAUACGGAUUGAACAACUGAUUGAUCGACCCAGACUUCCCAACGCAACUUUCUUUGUUACUUUCGAGGAAGAAGAAAUGGCAGAAAAAGUCGCAAAACAAUAUCGUAACCCGAUGAAAGCACUGCACAGUCCACGGACGGAAUUCUCCAAGGAAUUGCAAACUAAAUCGUGGUCUGCUCAGUUUGCACCUUUUCCGGAUCUAAUAAAAUGGCAAAAUUUGGAAACUGGAGGCUUACAUUGGUGGAUUAGGGCGAUUGUUUUGAACGUUCUCCUGUUCUUGUUUCUCUUUUUCAUUACCAGCCCGAUCAUUAUCCUAAAUGCUCUUGGCGUUAGUCAGUGGGCAAAGAAUCUCGUUAUUUUGAAUCAAGUUAUUCCGGGCAUCUUAAUGGUGGAGCUGGGAUUCAUUAUUGGCGCUCUUAUGAAAUCUGUGACUAUGCAGACCCGCUACCAUGACAAAAUUCGCGAAUUUAUGGUUGCAUUGAAAGGAACCUUCAGCUACACCUUAAUUGCGCAGCUUCUUCUGCCAACGUUUGGUCUAACAAGUGCGAAGGCCCUUUAUGACUAUUUAAAACAGUCCAGCAGUUCUUCCGGACAGUUCAACUGGGCUUGUUUGUUCCUUCCUGAUUACGGGAUGGUUUUCGUGACCUUUCUUAUAUUCCAGUCGCUAUUCGGCUCCAGCCUGGUUUUUUCCCGAAUAUUGGAACUGCAAAUACUGGUGUUGAAGCGAUGCAAUGCGCUCAACGCCGAACGUUGGCUUCUAUCCCAACGAAAACAACCAUUCACAUUUACGGCGGGAUACUCUCGAAAUUUGGUGCUCUUUGCCGUCACGAUUGUUUUUGCUUUUGUUUCACCUUACGUUUCGCCAUUAGGAUUGUUGGCAUUAAUGAUGAACCAUGUCGCGGAACGAUACAGCAUCUUUUUCAUUAACCGGCGCUCCGAAACACCAAAUCCCGUCCACCGGAGUGCAGUUAAUAUAUUUUUAUUUUGUGUGCUGCUACAGCUGAUCAUGAUGAUAUUUUUUACUGCCAUCCGUGUCGGAAACGUUGGCACUGGAGUUAUGUUACUUGCCGCCAUUGUGUACACAAUUGUUCUACUAUACAUUUCCUGGCGGGAGGAGUUUGGUAAAUUUCAAAAAAUCCAUUCGACAGCCAUUGGAAGCAAAUUUCUGGUACACAUUGACGAAGACGAUGAUGAGGGCUCAUUUGAUCCCAUGGCCGAAUCACAAGCAUACGAAGCUCCCAUCCUGCGCCGGUACGAACUAUUACGACCUUUAACAUCCAAGCGACAUUCGUCGUGGCGAGAAUCUUCUCCCCCUUUGCCAGAUUAAAUUAAUGUCUUAUUCUUAAAUUACGUAUAUCUUAUUCUUAUUAUUAUGUUUUUAUUCUUAUUACUUAUUUUUAAAUUUGCCUAAAUAUAUUCCAGUUCAUUGUAUUCCAGUGCCAAUUUUGCGGGCAUAUAAAAAUAUUCUUAAAUUUAUUCCAAUUUCGUGGGCAGUUAUCUACUGCACCACCUGCAUUUUGAUGGUAGUUCAUCUGCUGUGUAAAAUAUAUUAUUAGUGCUACGCGGCACAUCGCCGGUAAGUACGAUACAAAUUAAGUACAAUUAAUUGCUUAAAUUCGUUGUUACAAUACUAAAGCCCAUGUUAUACUUCCACAUGACGGCCAAUAUGUCUAGCAUACGCUGUCAUAUAUGUGAUCGGCAUUCAUACUUUUAUGCUGCACAUUUUUUAUGCUGAACAUAAAAGUAUGAAUCGUUUGCAUAAAAAAUGUUAACAUGAGCGCAUGAUGCUCGCAUGUUGACUAUGCUACAUAAAAAAUGUCAUAAUGAACCUGCUCAUUUCGACAUAUUUUUAUGUCAACAAUAUGCUAGGUAAAAGCUGUCGCCCCAUGUAGGUGGCGAUAUCACCACCACGGGCGGUUAACGGUUUGUUAACACAUUUCUGACGAGUUGGUUCAUACUUCCGUUUCAUUUUACUGGUGAUAGCAU